AUGUCCUCCGCGUCUGCCUCUACACCGGAGACAAUCCGGGACGAUGUCAAGCUCGCAGAGCCAAAGGCUGUCAACCAGACUAUUGCGCAGAUUCGUUCCCUCGCUGCUGGUGCUGCCGGUGGUGUCUGCGCGGUUAUCGUCGGACAUCCUUUCGACCUGGUCAAGGUCCGCCUCCAGACUGCGGAGAAGGGGGUUUACAGCGGUGCAAUUGAUGUCGUGAAGAGGACGGUCGCCCGUGAGGGCCUUGUUCGCGGAUUGUAUGCUGGUGUUUCGGCUCCUUUGGUGGGAGUCACCCCUAUGUUUGCUGUCAGCUUCUGGGGUUAUGACGUGGGCAAGACGCUUGUCAGCAAAUUCUCCGAAGUGCGUGUGGAGAACAACACCCCUCAGUACAGCAUUGGUCAGAUUUCUGCAGCCGGUUUCUUCUCCGCCAUUCCCAUGACCUUGAUCACGGCCCCCUUUGAGCGUGUGAAGGUGCUCUUACAAAUCCAAGGCCAGAACCCUCCUCCUCCGGGACAGAAGCCUAAGUACUCCGGUGGUCUGGAUGUGGUUCGGCAAUUGUACAAGGAGGGCGGUAUCCGCAGUGUUUUCCGAGGAAGCGCAAUGACGCUGGCUCGUGACGGACCCGGAUCGGCCGCCUACUUCGCCGCUUACGAGUAUAUCAAGCGCUCCCUGACACCUAAGGAUGCGAAUGGCAAUGCCACAGGCCAACUCUCCAUGCCAGCUGUCUUGGCUGCUGGUGGUGCGGCUGGUAUUGCCAUGUGGAUUCCCGUUUUCCCCGUCGACACCAUUAAGUCGCGGUUGCAGAGCGCCCCGGGUAAGCCCACUAUUGGCGGGACUAUCCGGACCGUCUACGCCAGCGGCGGUUUCAAGGCUUUCUUCCCUGGAUUCGGCCCGGCCUUGGCCAGAGCGGUUCCCGCCAACGCAGCUACCUUCGCCGGAGUUGAACUCGCCCACAACUUUAUGAAGAAGUUGUUCGACGACUGA